UCAUACUCUAUCAUAUUCUAAGCUUCUAGUUUUGCAAUUCUUCGUCAACCAUGAGUUCCCCCUUCGAUAUCAGUACGUAUCAGCUGCGAAUAGCUUCUCAUCUCGCUUAUUAACGCUCGGGUGUACAGAUGGUGGUGCCUGCGUCGCCAUGGUGGGCAAGGACUGCGUCGCAAUCGCCUGUGAUCUCCGGCUGGGUAUGCAGGCCCUGACCGUCUCCAACAACUUCCCCAAGAUUUUCAACUACGGCCCCUCCACCUUUCUCGGCUUGACCGGGCUGGCCACCGACGUGUCGACCGUGUCCGAUCUUUUCCGGUACAAGGUGAACAUGUACCGCCUUCGCGAGGAACGGAACAUUGCCCCCCAGACCCUCGCCAACCUGGUCAGUUCGUCGUUAUACGAGAGACGGUUCGGUCCCUUCUUCGUCAGUCCUGUCAUUGCCGGUAUCAACAGCACGACGGGGAAGCCUUUCAUCUGCGGAUUCGACAGCAUCGGGUGUAUCGAUUUUGCGAAGGACUUCAUUGUUAGCGGAACUGCCAGUGAACAGUUGUUUGGUACCUGCGAGGGUCUGUGGGAGCCGGACUUGUCUCCGGAGGAUCUGUUCGAGACCAUCUCGCAAGCCCUGCUCAGCGCCGUCGACCGAGACGCCCUCUCCGGUUGGGGUGCGCAGGUGUAUAUCAUAGAGAAAGAUAAGGUUACCAAGCGUCUACUGAAGGGAAGGCAAGAUUAGAUGGCAUUCUCUGGAGUAUUUCUGUUUUCUAAUGUCACGCCGUUCGUCCGUUCUAAUUUUACGUUUCUCAACCUUGGAAUUUGCUGUCGAAAGCAGUCUCUGGCGCCGGGAUCUCGACUCGCAGAUGUGUGCUGUCGAUAGUGAUGGGGCAAGAUGAAAAUGAGUAUGGUCUAUGAUCGAACCCUGAAUACGAUGCUUGGGGUCUAGACCUGCUGCCUGAUGUAUAAGCCUACUUGGAGUACGGGUUAUCGUGCUCGCGUACCUCUCUUUACCUUCCACGUCUAGCCUGGUUGGGAUGAUCAACGGGCUUAAUAAUACGAGGUGGCUUUCACAGCAGGAAGGGUGUCGUCUUCGUGCGUCGUUCUUCCCAGCUCGUCAAGGC